AUUCUUUCAGAAGAAUUGGAGAAAUUUUUUAUAAAUUGGAAAAAUCGUACAUCUCAAAAAUCACUUUCUUUUAUUAUUGAAGGUUAUAAUUUGGAGAUGACUAAUGAAAUUAAGAAAGUGAUUGAAAAAUAUAAAAAAUUUGGUACUGUCAAAGAAUGUGAAAUUUUUUGAUUAGAUUAGAAAAAAUUGGUGGAACUUAAAGGUGGCCAUGCAAGCAUGUCAUUACUAACAUGCAGCGACUGCAUCUGCCAUAGUUCUAUCAUCAUAAUUUGUGUUUUUAUUUAAAAUUUAUAUAUUUAUGA